GAAAAAAUAAUUUAUGGUUUCAGAAAUUAUGAUUUAAAGCUUGAAUAUGCCUAUACAGUACAAAGAAAAGGACGAAACAUCAGUUAUUUCAAUUGGGUCAAACGCAUCUCGAAUUAUUUUGAGAGAACUUCAAGCUAUAAAGAAGGAAUUGGAUGAUGGAGAAAUAACAAAAAAAGGAUAUGAAAAACGAAGAAAAGAGAUAUUAACAAAGUAUAAAGAUGUAAUAGAACCUAAUGAGGGUUUUUUAAGUAUAAACAAAGAGAUCUUUGAAAACCGAAAUAUAAAUGGAAACUAUGACUUUGAGUCAAAAAAUGAGUUCUAUGAUAAAGACAGUGAUAAUACUAAAUCGUAUUGUGAUCAGACAUAUUGUGAUCAUGAAUAUCAGGAUUCGGAUAAUUACAAGAAUGGUAGAUCAUUAUACGAACAGUCUAAUUCAAUUUCAAGCGAGAAACUUCCGGCGCCAUUUGUAGAUCAAGUAGCAAAACAACAAUUGCCUUUUAAACCUAGAGGUAUACCAUUUUCAGCAUAUGAUCGACAUGAUCCAAGAUUUCUUAUGACUAAAUUUGACAAUAUUGCCUCUGUUUUUCGUUAUAGAAGCAGGAUGGCAUCAAGAAAGAAAGCAAUAAUAGUGUCGGAUAAUAAGGGAAAAGAAAUGUAUAAUAUAACUUACAAUAAGCUUUUAGCUCGUACGGAAAAAGUAGCGCAAGCUAUUAAAAGCAAGCCAGACUUUCAACAGGGAAACAGAGUAGCCCUAAUAUAUAGUAAUUUUGAAAUUAUAGAUUUUGUGAUAUCACUUUUUGCCUGUUUUAUUGCAGGGGCGAUUGCGGUUCCUAUUAAUAAUUAUAAAGAUAUCACUGAAUUGCAUGAGAUUUUAAUAUCAACUCAGUCUCGUCUUAUUUUAACAACUCAUAUAAAUCUAAAGAAUCUCAGGAAAAUGCUAAUAGAUAGAAAUUUACAAUUUCCAUUUAUGAUAGAAUGGUGGGAAACCAACAAGUUUGGCGGUUUUUAUAGUAAAAAAAAGCACAGCAGCGCACCUUUACAAACUCAUGAUUUAGCUUAUAUUGAGUAUUCACGUUCCCCUACUGGAGAACUUCGUGGGGUGGUUAUACCUCACGCUACUAUUGUAAAUCAAAUGAUCAGUCUAAGUACUGCUAUUUCCAGUAUUCCAAAAUAUAUAAAAAAACAAAUAUUAAACAGAAAUUCUAACAAAAAACAUGCCGCUGCGGAAGACAAUGAAGUCUUUAUUACAUAUCUGGAUCAAAGACAAGCAAUAGGAUUGAUUUUUACUGUUUUUUUUUCUAUUUAUAGUGGAAGCACAACAGUAUGGUGUUCUCAAAAAGCAGUUUCUGUUCCUGGUCUUUUGGCAAAUCUUAUUACCAAGUACAGAGUCACUAUGAUUCUUGCUAAUUAUCCAGGAUUAAAAACAGUGGCAUACAAUUAUCAAGAUGAUCCAAUGCAAACUCGUAAAUUUAAGAAAAAGUAUACUACUGAUUUUUCCAGUAUUCGUCUUUGUUUAAUAGAUUGUGUUUGUGUUGAUUCAGAAUUUCAUGAAAUAUUAGCAGAUAGAUGGCUAAGACCUCUUGGCAAUUCUAGACCAUGGGAUGUUUUAUCACCUAUACUUUGCCUUCCAGAGCAUGGAGGUAUGGUUAUUUCCAUGAGAGAUUGGCUUGGUGGAGAACAACAAAUGUUAUCAGAAUUUCCAGACAACAAUAAUAUAUAUGCAAAUAAUGAACUGUCUCAAGUUUUAUUGAGCAAAGAAGCUUUAAAGACCAAUAAAGUGGUUAUACUUUCUGAAGAAAAUAAAAUGAAAGGGAAAUAUGACGGUUUAGAUGCGGUUAGAGUUGGAUCAUUUUGGUACCCACUAGCAGAUAUUACACUAGCAAUUGUCGAUCCAGAAACAUCAAUAUUUUGUAACUCGAAUGUUAUUGGAGAAAUCUGGGUUGAUAGCCCUAGUUUGAGCGGAGGAUUUUGGAAUUCACCACAACAAACAAAAUCUUUAUUUCAUGCAGAAGCGUCUGUGGUUGAUAACGAAACGUCUAAUUUAACUACUUAUAAUCAAGAAUUUUUAAGAACUGGUUUGCUAGGUUGUAUGAUUAGGGGCCGUAUUUAUGUACUAGGAUUAUAUGAAGAUAGACUUCGACAACGAAUUGUAUCAACUCAGGAUAAUGAUACAAUAGAAUAUAUGUAUCAUUAUGUUUCUCACAUAGUCCAAACUAUUAUGAGGAACGUCCCUCAUGUAUUUGAUUGCACAUCAUUUGAUAUUUUUAUCAAUGGAGAGUAUUAUCCUAUCGUUGUUCUUGAAUUACCAGCAUCAAUUAUUAGUCCAGAUCCAUCAGAACAAUCGAAUGUAUCAGAUUAUAAUGUUUUGGAUACUAUUAUACAGAAGUGUAAAAAAGUACUUUUAGAUUUACAUAAUAUUAAAGUAUACUGUAUAAUGUUGGCCUUAUCAAAUACAUUGCCCAGAGUGAAUAAAAAUGGACAUAAAGAAAUUAGUAACAUGCUUUGUCGAAAAGGAUUUGAAUUAGGCACAUUACCGUGUGAGCAUGUUAAAUUUUUUAUCAAUGAAGUAACACUUGAUUUGCCUGUUGGGGAAGAUCCGGUUGGAGGAAUUUGGUCAAAGAUAGCUGUACAAAAGCGUCAAGAAUUAUUAUGUUCAAAAAAGAAACAAUAUAGCGCAGGAGAUGAACGAGCAUUAUCAAUGGAUGAUCGAACUUUAAUAAAUUUAUUUACCUAUGGAACUAUAAUAGAUGUUUUACAAUGGAGAGUAGCAAGCCAAAGUGAUGAACCUGCUCUUUCUGUAAUAGAUAGCAGGGGUAAAGAUAAAAGCAUCACAUGGAAGAAAUUGGAUUUAAAAAUUGCAAAUGUAGCAAAUUAUCUUAAAUUUAAAAUUAAACUUCAAUCGGGAGAUCACGCUAUUUUGAUGUAUACACAAUCAGAUGAUUUUUUAUAUGCAAUACAUGCAUGUUUUUGCCUAGGAAUUAUUGCAAUUCCAAUACCUCCACUUAAUACGUUUCGACUUUCAGAAGAUAUCCCAUCUUUUCUGGGUGUAAUUUCAGAUUUUAAAAUCAAAGCUGUUCUUGUUAAUAACCAAACAGAUUCAACAUUUAAAAGCAAAUUGUUUUCUUAUAACAUUAAGCGUUAUGCACCUGCAACAAAAAUAGUUCUACCCAAUAUAAUUAAUACUUCAAAGUCUCCCAAACAAACAUUAGGAUGUGUAGAAUCCGGAUUUAUGUUAGAUCAGGAAUGGAUAGAUUUGAAAAUUCCUGCAUUAAUAUGGUUAUAUUGGUCUCCUGAUAGGCGACGCACAGCUGUAGAAUUGGGCCACGAAACUAUUAUGUCUUGUUGUAGGAUUCAAAAAGAAACAUGUCAAAUGUCUAGUUCCCGACCUCUUCUUGGAUGUAUGCAAGCAACAACAGGAAUAGGGUUCCUUCAUUCAUAUAUUUUAGGAAUAUAUAUGGGAGCAACCACGUAUCUUGUAUCACCAAGAGAUUUUGUUGCUAAUCCUUUAAUUUUAUUUGAUUCUAUUGCAAAGUUCAAAGUAAAAGAUACCUAUAUAGCCCCAGAGGCUUUAAAUGAUGCUAUAGAAGCUAUUCAAACAAAAGACACUUGUUUACAUGAAUUAAGAAAUUUAAUGAUAACUUUCAAUUGUCGACCUCAAUUUGAUUAUUUUCAACGAGUAAAAAAUGAUUUCUCGGAAUCAAUAUUAGAUCCUAAUUCUUUAAGCAAUGUAUAUUAUAGCGUUUUAAAUCCCAUGAUAACGACAAGAUCAUAUAUGUCUACAGAGCCUAUACAUUUAUACUUAAAUGUAAAAAGCCUACGACAAGGAAUCAUUGAACCUAUUGAUAUGGCUGAUGAUCCAUCUGCACUUCUUUUGUAUGAUUCUGGAACGGUUUCUGUAUCUACUCGUAUUGCUAUUGUUAAUCCCGAAACAUGUGAUUUAUGUUGUGAAGGAGAAUAUGGAGAAAUUUGGGUAGCAUCAGAUGCCAAUAUGAAAUCAUUUUAUGGUUCAAAAAAUAAAAUGGAUUUAGAAAGAUUUCAUGGGGUUUUAGCCAAUAAUAAUAAUAAUAAUCAGAAAGACAUUUAUGUCCGUACUGGUGAUUUAGGAUUUUUAUAUAACAUACAAAGACCAAUAGGACCAGAAGGUUUACUUGUUGAAACACAAUCAUUAUUUAUUUUAGGAAAUAUUGGUGAUACUUUCGAAAUUAAUGGACUACUUUAUUUUCCAAUAGAUAUCGAAACAUCUGUAGAAAAAUCACAUAAUAAUAUUUUACCUGGAGGAAGUGCUAUAUUUCAAACAGGUCGUUCUAUUAUUAUUCUUAUCGAAGUUAAACAUAAAUCAAAUUUACCAUCUAUUGUACCUGUUGUUGUAAAUACCGUUUUGAAUAAAUAUCAAAUUAUAAUUGAUACUGUCGUAUUUACUGCAAAAGGCGAUUUUCCUAGAUCAAGAGUCGGUGAAAAACAGCGUGGAAAAAUUUUGGAACUAUGGUUAACAAAAAAAUUAGAAUUAUUAGAUGAAUUUAUUAUUCGACAACAUUAAAUUUUUAUUUCAAUCAUUUUUAUUUGCAAACUAAACAAAGAUAUCA